UCCGGCCACAGCAACACGCCAUGGCCGCCCCAGCAUCGCAGUACAAGGACCGCCAAUUCCUGGCCGUCAUUGGCGAUGAGGACACCGUAACAGGCCUCCUUCUCGCAGGCGUCGGCCACGUCACGCAGCCCCCCGACAGCCAGAAGAACUUCCUCGUCGUCGACGCCAAGACGGAGAACACCGCCAUCGAGGCCGCCUUUGACAAAUUCACCACCGAGCGCAAGGAUAUCGCCAUUCUGUUGAUCAACCAGCAUAUCGCUGAGCGGAUACGACACCGCGUCGAGGCGUAUACGGCUGCUUUCCCCUCGCUGCUGGAGAUUCCGUCAAAGGACCAUCCGUACGAUCCUGAGAAGGAUAGCGUGUUGAAGCGCGUGAGGAGGCUGUUUGGCGAAUAGACGAUAUCCCAAACUGGGCAUGUAGUGGUGGAUUCCAUGGGCAUGGGAAAGAUGUGAC